ACAAAUCGAGCUCCCAUCAGCCUCGUCGUUUUCAUCUCCCAUCGAGGAGAGAAGCUUGCACAAGCAAUGGCAGCCCGCGCGAUGCUCAGAGCGUUCGCGAAACGCACCCUUCCGUUCCACUCUUUAAUUUCUCGAUCCGCUAGCACGUUGGUUCUUGCUGAGCAUGAAGGUGGUUCUAUCAAUGCCUCAUCUGUGAGUGCAGUUGCAGCUGCAAGCUCUUUAAACAAGGACAACUCCAUCUCUGUGCUAUUGGCCGGCUUGGGUCCUUCACUUCAACAAGCUGCUGCACAUGCCGCCUCAUGUCAUCCUGCAGUUUCUCAGGUGCUUGUAGCUGAUUCGGAUAAAUUUACAUAUCCUUUAGCAGAACCUUGGGCUAAACUAGUCCAUUUGGUUCAGCAGAGAGGUGGCUACUCACACAUAAUUGCACCUUCAGGUUCAUUUGGGAAAAACAUUCUACCACGCGCAGCGGCUCUGUUAGAUGUUUCUCCAGUUACAGAUGUUAUUGAAAUAUCUGAACCUAAUUUAUUUGUCAGGCCCAUAUAUGCUGGAAAUGCACUUUGUACAGUUCGAUAUAAUGGUGACAGCCCUUGUAUGUUGACCAUUAGAUCCACAUCUUUCCCAGUGCCCCCAACCUCAGCUGAUUCAAAAGAUAAUGAAGCUCCUAUCUCCCAGGUUGAUCUCUCGACCUUCGGUGAAGAUUCUAUAGGUAAAUCUAGAUAUGUAAAUCAGACCUCUCAGAAUACAGAACGCCCAGAUCUUGGGAAUGCACGAAUUGUAGUCACAGGGGGCCGUGGGUUGAAAAAUGCUGAGAACUUCAAGAUGAUAGAGAAGCUUGCAGAGAAACUUGGUGCAGCUGUUGGUGCUACCCGUGCUGCUGUUGAUGCUGGAUUUGUUCCUAAUGACCUCCAGGUUGGCCAAACUGGAAAGAUUGUCGCCCCAGAGUUAUAUAUGGCUUUUGGUGUAUCAGGAGCCAUCCAGCACUUGGCAGGCAUUAGAGAUUCCAAGGUCAUUGUUGCUGUUAACAAAGAUGCAGAUGCAGCCAUAUUUCAGGUUGCUGAUUAUGGACUCGUAGGUGAUCUUUUUGAGGUGAUACCAGAAUUGCUAGAGAAGCUUCCAGAGAGAAAAUAAACCUCCUAACUAGUGCAUUUCCAGACUUCUUGUUGCUGAAUAUCUUGUUUAUAAGAAGUUUCAAGUAGUAUGAAUAUUAAUAAUCAUAAUAAUUGAAAAUUAAUUUUGAAUA